UUCGGUCCCAGCAACAUGAAAUUCUUCGCCGUUCUCUCCUUUGCCCUUUUGGCCCUGGCCUCGGCCGAUGUCAGCCACCUGACCAACACCUACCUGCCCCCCCACUCGGCAGCCGCCUCCUCCAGCUACGAGUCCUACCAGGCCGCUCCCGUCGUGGCCGCCGCCUCCGAGACCUACGAGGCCCCCGCCGUGGCCACCACCUACGAGAGCGAGUCCUACUCCGCCCCGGCCGCCUCCUUCACCAGCGAGUCCUAUGCCGCUCCUGCCGCCGCCGCCGUCGAGACCGCUUCCUAUGCCGCUGAGACCGCCGCCGAGGAGACCUACGAGCAGCCCGCCGCCAGCUACGUCGCCCCCGUGGUCAAGUCCUACUCCGCCCCGGCUGCCUCCACCUACAGCUACUCGGCUCCGGCUGUGUCCACCUACACCGCUCCCGCUGUGGUGAAGUCCUACACCGCCCCCGCCGUGGUGAAGACCUACUCCGCCCCUGCCGUGUCCAGCUACACCGCUCCAGUGGUCAAGUCCUACUCCGCCCCCGCUGUGUCCAGCUACACCCAGGCCUACACCGCCCCCGCUGUUGUGAAGACCUACUCCGCUCCCGCUGUGUCCACCUACACCGCUCCCGCCGUGGUGAAGUCCUACACCGCCCCCGUGGUGGCUAAGACCUACACCGCCCCCGUGGUGGCUAAGACCUACACUGCCCCCGCCGUGGUGAAGUCCUACACCGCUCCCGCCGUGGUGAAGUCCUACACCGCUCCCGUGGUGGCUAAGACCUACUCCAGCUACACCGCCCCCGCAGUCAAGGCCUACACCGCCCCUGUGGUGACUAAGACCUACACUGCCCCCGUGGUGACUAAGACCUACACCGCUCCCGCCGUGGUGAAGACCUACUCCGCCCCAGCUGUGUCCACCUACUCCGCCCCAGCAGUGUCCACCUACUCCGCCCCAGCUGUGUCCACCUACUCCGCCCCAGCUGUGUCCACCUACACCGCCCCCGUGGUGGCCAAGACCUACUCCAGCUACUCCGCUCCCGCUGUGGUCAGCAGCUACUCCGGAUCUUCGGGCACCGUGUACGGCUCCAACGGCGGAUACGUCUACUAGAGACUGCAUCCCAAAAACCGAAAACUAAUCAUACGACGAAACCUUUUUUUUUCUUACAAUAAAUCGAAUCUAAUGUGCUAAAACAAA